AUGUCCCACGGGCAAGAUGACGAAGAGCAGUUCUAUGAAGAAUUAGAACAGUAUAGGGAGAUCAUAGAAAGAGAAAAGCAGGAUGGGAUAGAUGAAGAGGAAGAGGAUGGCCGUAAAGAGAGUGACGAUGAGUACAAUGACGAGAAUUUUGACCUAUUAGCUGAAUUCUCGGACUAUGGGGAAUUUUCUGAUGACGGAUACGAUGAACAAGAGUUUAUGGACGCUAUUCGGGACGCGAACAACUUCAAAAGACGUAAAGGGAAGAAAAGCGGUUCCUCCAGACACGAGUCGGCACCUAAGCAGAGAAGAGAGAGACCUUUGGAUCCAGAAGUAGCACAGCUUUUGUCUGAAGCUAACGAAGCCUAUGUUCGUAAUGAUAUACAAGUUGCAGAGCAAUUGUACAAUAAAGUGAUUAAAGCAGAUGCCAAGAAUUUUGCAGCUUACAAGACCUUAGGUGAUAUAUACCAUCUCCAAGGAAGAUUAAAUGACUGCUGUAACUCGUGGUUUCUUGCUGCACAUUUAAAUUCUUCUGAUUGGGAAUUUUGGAAAAUGGUUGCAGAACUUUCCGCAGAGUUGUCACAUGUCAGACAAGCAAUUUACUGUUAUACAAGAGCCAUCAGAAUAAACAACGAAGAGUGGGAAUGUAUAUACAACCGCGCACUUUUAUACAAAGAGAUUGGACAGCUAGGCAGAGCGUUUGAUGGAUUCCAGAAGCUUUAUGCAUAUGAUCCUCUUGAUGCUAAUAUUCUUAGAGAAUUGGCUGUAAUAUAUGUGGAGUAUAACAGGGUCAGUGAGGCUAUAGAGUUAUAUACAAGGGUCUUCAAUGAUAAUGUGGCCCGUAGAAAUGCUUUUAUUCUUGCCUCCGAAUCAGCGGUCGAUUCGGAAAAUGAGUCGGAUAACGAAUCAGACGUACCAGAUGAAGACUUAAACAUCACUCAAGAAGAGUUAGAAUUAUAUUCAGGUGUACCCUUAAAACAAAUUGCAAAGAAACAUAGAUGCAUCCCUUUUGAUUGGUCGUCGUUGAAUAUACUUGCGGAACUAUUCAUAAAACAGAAUAGUGAAUUAAACGGAAUCAAAACAAUCAAAAGAUGCGCCAGAUGGAUACAACACAGAGAAACUCAAACUUUUUGGGAAGAUGUAUACGAUGAUUCUGAGUUUGACAAUAGAAGGUUCAAUAAUGCUAAAUUCCAAUCUUUAACAGAACGGGAAAAGGCGAAAAGCUACUUCUUACCUAUUGAUAUAAGAAUCCGGUUGGGUCUUCUUCGAUUGAACAAUAAAAAUGUGUCCGAGGCUAUGCAACAGUUCCAAUUCCUUUACGAAGAGAAAUUCGAUGAAAUUGCUGAUCUUUACUUUGAAGUAGGUGUCCAGCUAGUAAAACUAGAUAGGUAUCAAGAAGCUAUUGACUUUUUAAGUCCUCUCACGCAACUUAGCGAAUACGACACAAUUGAACUUUACAAGCCCUUAAGUAAAUGUUUCAGAGAGUUGGAUCAGCUAGAAAAUGCUCGUGAUGCUUUUGAAAAACUAGUCCAGUUCGAUCCCAAUGAUCUAGAACAUAAGCUAAGUUUAGCAGAGGUGUACCAUAGUCUCGGAGAUGAUGAAGAGUUUGAUAGACUUCUUCAUGAAGUAGUAGAAGAACGUAAGAGACAAGCUAAAGAGGAGACUCCCGAAGUUUCGAAUGAAACCGAAACAGGGAAAAAAACUCGUCCUAGAUUGGCAAUAGCUCCACUGGAAGAAGAAUUACCUUCGGAAGAAAUUCGUUCGGCAACUUUGGGGACAGGAAAACCAUUAUUGGAAGAUCAUAAUUAUAACAAGAUGCCAAUAAAGAAGAAGAAGACACCUGAAGAAAUAGAAAGGGAGAAAAAGGAGAGGGAGAAAAAAAUAAGAUCAAAUGUUCUUAAUAAAUAUGGUCAACUCAAAAUCUAUAAACAUGGUAUGGAAGUCGCUGAUUCUACAAAAACAACUUUAUGGAUUGAUACAGCUUCUGAUUUGAUAGAUAUAUUCUCCAGUAUAAAAAAUUUCUUCGUUAAGAGCAGAUCAAAAAAGUUCGUAGGUAUUAUUAAAAGGUCCAGAAAGUUUAAUAAAGUCAUCGACUAUAGGAUCGAAAAGCUCUCUAAGCUUUCACAAGGUGAAAAUUUGAUGGACGGACUUCCUUUAUUAGAAGAAAAAAUUACAACUUCUUCAACUACAGAAUUAAGAGGUUUAACUUAUGAUCAAUGGUUUGAACUCUUUAUGGAGUUGGCGUUAACAAUAGCAAGAUUUCAAAGUGCCACAGAUGGUUUGAGUAUUAUUGAAACAGCUAUGGAAGUCAAUGUUUUCUCACAACACCCAGGCAGAGUUAAGAUGAUGAAGUUCGUUAAAUUAGCUAUCAUUUUGAAUCUUAAGGAUGAACAGGAGAUAGUUGAAAACCUAAGAGGCUUACUAAAUCAAUUUCAAUUCAAUAGGAAAGUUUUCCAACUCUUCAUGUUUAGCGUUUCAGAAGGACAAACUGCUCUACGGAUCUUAAGUUCAACUGUACAACAGAAAUUCUUUUUAAGGCAAUUAAAAGCUUUCGACAGUAUACGAUUCGGACAACACGUUAACGGACAAGCAUCGAUUACAAAUAAUGUGAGUAAUCCUGGUAAGAAAACAUGCACAUAUCUAAACUACAUCUAUGCCAUGCUACUUUAUUCAAGUAGAGGUUUCAUGCCAGCUCUACAGUAUUUGAAAAGGCUUGAAAUCGAAAUUGGAAAUGAUCCCAUGUUGGACUUAAUGAUUGGAUUGUCACACUUACACAGGUCUAUGCAAAGAUUGACUGGUAACAGGCACUUUCAAAUACUCCAAGGCUUCAAAUACUUAUAUCAAUAUCAUGAGCUUCGAUACGCUUCCUAUACAGACAUCGAAAAACAGGAAGCAGACUAUAAUAUUGGUAGAGCAUUCCAUCUACUUGGACUUUUCACACCAGCUGUGAAAUACUACAAUAAAGUAUUGAAUGAUUUUGAAGAUUCUAAGUUAAAGAAGCAUGCCGCUUAUAACUUAAUUCUAAUUUACAAUGAAAGUGAGAAUUUUGAAUUUUCAAAUGUUUUAAUGGAUCGUUAUUUAAGUAUUUAG